AAGGUAGUUUUCGAACAUUCACCAACGGUUAAGGUAACAGCGGCAGUCAUGGGAUUCGGAUGAGUGCGUAUUGUUGUGAUUUUAUUAGUUACGUACUUCUGAAGACUGACAAGUGAAUGAAAUAAAGUGUGUUUAGUUUUUCUUGUGUUUCGUUGCUGAGAAAGAAGCAGAAUGCUGUGCGACGGGACGCUGACCACUUACAGACGAUGGGCGGCUGCGGCCCUGGUGGCGACACUAGCGCUCGCGGCGGUGGAGAGCGCCGCGGCCCAAGACGUCGUGCCCCUGGACGAGUCGACGCAGCGGCCGUCGUGGCAAAAUCGCGGCAACGACUAUCAGUCUAGAGGCAACGACUACCAGUCUAGAGGCAACGACUACUCGCCUCGGAACGACUACCCUUCUCCGUCGCUGCAGUCGUGGGAAAACAACCUCGUCCUCAGCGAAGCGACCUACUUCAUAGUAGCCAGUCGCAUGGUUCGUCCUGGUCAGGUGUAUCGUGUGGCAGUGUCUGUUCUUCAGACAAUUCAUCCUCUCACUGUACGGGCUUCCAUACAAAGGAACGGUGUGGAGAUGAGUGCUGAUAAUAAGGAGGUGAAAGAAGGAACUCCAGAAACGCUGAUAAUGAGGAUUCCUCCAACUAGUGUACCUGGAAAUUACAAAUUGCGUGUUGAAGGAACUUACGAUGGAUUGCUUGGAGGGAUUGCAUUUGUUAAUGAAACAUACAUUACUUUCUCACAACGGUCUAUGACAAUUUUUGUACAGACUGACAAGCCCGUUUAUAUGCAAGGACAAACAGUGAGAUUUCGAGCAAUACCUAUCAACACUGAACUACGUGCUUUUAAUGAUGCAGUUGAUGUAUAUAUGUUGGAUCCCAGGGGGAUUAUAAUGCGAAGAUGGCUUUCCCGCCAGUCCAACUUAGGAACAGUAAGCUUAGAAUACACAUUGUCUGACCAACCUGUGUUUGGCCAAUGGAUUAUUCGAGUUAUAGCACAAGGUCAGAGAGAAGAAACUACAUUUCUUGUUGAAGAAUAUUAUCAAACAAGAUUUGAAGUAAAUGUGACUAUGCCUGCAUUCUUCUUCACAACUGAUGAGUACAUUUAUGGCACUGUGAUGGCAAAUUAUACAAGUGGUGCUCCUGUUCGUGGAAAUCUCACUCUCAAAGCCACUAUUAGGCCAGUAGACCAAAGAUACAAUAGAGUUGAAAGACGACAACCUGUUGAAAAAUACUUCAAUUUUAAUGAAGAAUAUCCAUCAUGGUUUUCAGUAUUUCAGAAAGAGGAGGAGGAAUAUUAUAGAAGAAAUGAAAAUCAUCUCAGAGUGCCACAUAUGAAAUUUUUUCAAGGAACAUACAGAUUUAGAUAUCCGAUUACAGAAUUACAACAGUAUGUAUCAUCAUUAGAUGGAAUGGAGGUCAUAUUUACAGCCACAGUUGGUGAAAGGUUUAUGGACGAAAUUAUAGAAGGAUAUUCCAUAGCACGAAUUUAUAAUUCAUCUAUUAAAGUUUCCUUUUUGGGAGGAUCACCACAAGUUUUCAAGCCUGCUAUGCCAUUCACAUGUUAUUUGGCCGUUUCCUACCAUGAUGGCUCUCCUCUUACACGAGAACGUUUGGAACUUGGCCGAAUGGAAGUGCAAUCAUCAGUGACAAUGCAAUCUGGAGGUCGCAGAUCUCUUGAAACCAAAGAAUUAAGAAUGUAUGGGGAUAAGGAAGGUGUCUGGGAAUUGAAGGUGGAUUUGGAUACUGAAUUAGGCCUUACAGAGAAUAGACGGUCAAAAGCUCAAUUAAAUGAAAUUACUGAGAUGCGGAUAACAGCAUAUUUCAAGGAUUAUGAUGGAGUUCGUGCUACUUCUGAUCUCCUUCUUUUAUCACACUAUUCUCCUGCAAAUCACCAAAUCAAAGUUUCCACAUCUACUCGUGAUGCCAAAGUUGGAGAAUACGUAAUAUUUCAUGUUCAAAGUAACUUUUACUUAGAAAUGUUCAACUUUGUAGUUAUGUCUAAAGGCAUCAUUCUUCUAACUGGUCAGCAAGUAAUGCAGCAGUCUGUAAGAACAUUUGCUGUAACUCUCAGUGCAGAAAUGGCCCCUGUUGCUUCAGUUGUUGUGUAUCAUGUUGGACGAUAUGGUGACAUUGUUGCUGAUAGUUUAACUUUCCCAGUUAAUGGUAUUUCAAGGAACAACUUUACUGUUUACAUCAACAAUCGCAAAGCCAGGACAGGGGAAAAAGUGGAAGUAGCCAUUUAUGGUGAGCCUGGUGCUUAUGUGGGUCUUUCUGGAAUUGACAGAGCAUUUUAUACUAUGCAAGCCGGCCAUGAAUUGACUUAUGCAAAAGUGCUUUCUAAAAUGUCAAAGUUUGAUGAACAAACAAAUGGUACCUUUGUUCAUGUUUGGUCAUCUCAUGAAGGUGAUCCUGAUGAGUUGGUAUAUUUCCCUUCAUCUACAUAUGGCAUUGAUGCAAACAGAACAUUUGAGUAUGUGGGAUUAGUUGUAUUCAGUGAUGCUGUAGUUCCUAAAAGACCAAGUUUCUGCAAUGCAACACAAGGGUUCAUGGAAUGUUUAAAUGGUCGCCGUUGUUAUUCUAUAAAAAAGAAAUGUGAUGGUCAAUUAGAUUGUGAAGAUGGAACUGAUGAAGCUAAUUGUGAUUUGGGAAAAGCAGAAGAACUGGCAGCAUUCCGUAAAUUUCGAUUCAAUCGCAUACAACGACAGUAUGAAAAUGUUUGGCUUUGGAAGGAUAUUAAUAUUGGACCUCAUGGCCGUUUCAUUUUUACUGAAGAAGUACCAGAGCGACCAGCUCAUUGGAUGGUGUCAGCAUUCAGUAUGAGUCCAACAUUUGGAUUUGGAAUGAUUUCCAAGCCUUUAGAAUACGUUGGUGUUCUUCCUUUCUUCAUUAAUGUGGAAAUGCCUUCAAUAUGCCGACAAGGGGAACAAAUUGGCAUAAGAGUGUCUGUAUUUAAUUACAUGACAUCUGCAAUAGAAGCUACAGUGGCGUUGGCUGGCUCAAAAGAUUAUAAGUUUGUUCAUGUUGAAAUGAAUGGAAUUGUUAGAUCCUACAAUCCAAGAACAUCAUUUAGAGAACAUCAGUUCUUUAUUUACAUCCCUGCACAAGAUGCUGCAAUUGUUCAUAUUCCUAUUGUUCCUACGAGACUUGGUGAUAUUGAUGUUACAGUACUAGCUUCAACAUUGAUAGGUAGAGACGUAGUCACACGAAGAUUGCAUGUAGAGGCUGAUGGUCUUCCCCAGCACAGACACCAGUCCAUUUUGUUGGACUUGAGUAAUAGAGCUUAUGUUUUCCAAUAUCUCCAUGUUAAUGUGACAGAAACACCUAUUAUUCCAUACUAUCAAGAUCGUUAUUAUGUAUAUGGUUCAAACAAAGCAUUUGUUUCAAUUGUUGGUGAUGUUGUGGGACCUAUAUUUCCCACAAUGCCUGUAAAUGCAACUUCAAUGCUUAAUCUCCCAAUGGAUUGUGCUGAACAAACAAUGUUCAGUUUUGCAUCAGUUCUGUACACCACUAUGUACAUGCGACUUAUUAAUCAACGCAAUCGUACUCUUGAAAAAUGGGCAUUUCAUCAUAUGAAUAUUGGAUAUCAGCGGCAAUUGUCUUUUCUUCAACCUGAUGGUUCUUUUAGCUUGUUUCGAAGUGAUUGGAAUCAGUCAGCAUCAAGUGUUUGGUUAACUGCCUAUUGUGCUCGAAUAUUUCAAGAAGCUAGUUUUUAUGAAUGGGAAAAUUACAUUUAUAUUGAUCCCAAGGUAAUUGAAGGUGCAGUACAGUAUGUUUUGAGGCAUCAGACUCCUGAAGGGUCAUUUUAUGAAGUAACGUGGUUGCCUGAUCGCAAAAUGAAUGAUUCUCUGCUCUGGCCUGAUGACAAAUUGAAAUAUCGAAAUAUAUCUUUGACUGCUCAUGUUCUUAUAACAUUAGAAACUGUUAAAGACUUAACAGGGGGGCUUGGCGCUCAAGUGGCUCUGGCUCAAGCAAAGGCUAUUCAUUGGUUAGAGAGAAACUUGAAAUUGCUGCAAGAUCAUGGAGAACCUUAUGAAGUGGCUAUUGUGGCUUAUGCUUUAUUGCUUAGCAAGUCAUCAUCUGCUGAAUCGGCAUUUGACACUUUAGCUAAACAUGCUCGCUCGGAAGGUGGUUAUAUGUAUUGGGGCAAAGAGAAAGUGCCAGACCCCCCUUACAAAAUGGAAAACCAAAAACCUUUCCUAUUACCAAGAUUGCCUUACAGAUAUGAUGCCUCUAAUAUAGAGACUACAGCCUAUGCAUUGCUGACAUAUGUUGCACGACAAGAGUUAUUCAUUGAUCCAAUUGUUAAAUGGUUAAACGCUCAAAGAUUAACAGAUGGUGGUUGGGCAUCUACUCAAGAUACUGCUGUAGCUAUGAAAGCUCUUAUUGAGUAUACUGUGCAUUCACGUUUGCGAGAAGUCUCUGAUCUUACUGUGACUAUUGAGGCAACUGCCCUUAAAAAUCAAACAAAGCCCUUGCAUGUAAAUGCUAAAAACUGGGCUCAGUUGCAGAGAAUAGAGAUUCCUGAAGCAUGGGGUACAGUUAAGGUACAAGGAAGAGGUGCGGGAUAUGCCAUUCUCCAGAUGUCAGUGCAGUAUAAUGUGGACAUAGCUCGAUUUCAAACAGAGCCUCCUAUCAGAGCAUUUAAUCUCAGGACAAGAGCUAACUUUCAUGGGAGAAAUCACUCUCAUGUAACAUACAAAAGUUGUCAGAGUUGGAUAAAUUUUAAUGAAUCAGAAAGAUCUGGAAUGGCUGUUUUGGAUGUAACAAUUCCUACUGGAUAUAUUAUUCAGCAACAAAAACUUGAUGCUUACAUUAUUUCAAGACAAGUUCGAAAUCUCCAGAGAGCACGUUUCCAGGAAAGUAAAGUGCUAUUUUAUUUUGACUAUCUGGACAAUGAAGAGAUAUGUCUCAAUUUCACUGUAGAACGUUGGCAUCCUGUUGCUAAUAUGUCACGAUAUCUUCCUAUAAGAGUUUAUGACUACUAUGCUCCAGAACGUUUCAAUGAAACAAUAUUUGAUUCACUUCCAACAUAUUUGUUGAACAUAUGCGAGGUGUGUGGAAGUAGCCAGUGUCCUUAUUGCCCAAUCUACAAUUUGGCUACAACAUUACCUGUGCCUGUGACAGUUCUUAUGGUCACCUGUUUUAUUUUACUAAUUCGACAUUUUCGAUCUUCUGACAUAUAACAAACUGACAACGUGCAAGUAUCAGAAAAGCACAAGGAAGACGGGGGAAGAAUCACGUUUCUCACAAAUAACGUGUCAAACAAUAGGAAUACAGGUAUAUGUAUAUUGACUGCUAAACUUUGUGGGUGUCUCACACAGUUGUAGGCCAUCAUUGCCUUCACCCCAAACUUACAUGUACAUGUGUUUUAUUUUAUUAUAUGUGAAGUGUAACAUGGAUGAGUUUUAAGAUAGAUUUGUAAAAAUUGAAGUUUACAAACACUAAAUAGUAAAUAUACAUUUUCUUUCUUUUUAUGUGCUCUUCUAUUUAGCUACUUAUGUAAUAUGCUGUACACUGUAUAUGUUGUUAUUAUUAUGAUUAACUAAGAGAUUGACAUAAAAUUCUUUGGUCCUUGUAUUUCAAAUUUUUACAUAUCAGAAACAAAAAAGCAUGUAUUAAUUUAUGUUGAUGCAAGAGAUCUGAGCUGUGGAAUUUUGAGGUGUGUUUUAAUUCAACAAAAAUGAUGAAACACCAUGUAGGAAUGAUCUGAUUUUACCAGGUACAAUGAGAAAUUUACAAAUGCGAGAUAAGUGCCAUAAAAGAUUUCACACCUCAGAUUUUGUGUGUAUGCUGUUUUUUAGGCUCAAAAAAGGCAGAGCAGAAAGCAUCAUAAAAAUGUCCUUCACAAUUUCAGAAAAUGUAUGAGUGACUGAAUAAAUAAUCAUAGAUCCUUUUUGAAUGUUGAUACUUUUGUGUUAUUUUAUGAACUAGAGAUGUAAAAAUAAUAUUGCUGUACUGAAUUCGUAUAAUGUUUGUGAAACCUGAAAGUUUGGAGGACCAAUAGUGUGAAUGCUUGUGUGGAUAUUUGAAUCAUUAAUUCCUGAAUUGGCACUAAGCAUCCAAAAAUGUUUUGGAACAUUGAUUCGAUAGAUGAAAUAAAAGAUUUAUAUCUACAUCAAAUAGGUUUAAUUCUUCCCCCUGGUCCUGAAAGCAGGUGGUGUCUGCUUUACAUUGGCUGUGUUUCUACCUACACAUGAUGCAUCACAUCAUGAAUGAACGCUGUGUUUGGUGCCAAGUGUGCAUUAAAAGUUACUGACAGUGAAUUUUGUUCUAUAAUACACACAUUCUAUGUUCUUCUUAAAUAACUUUAAAUAUAUUUGUUUUCCUUUUAAAGAUUUUAAAUUUCUUUGACAUGCCAUUAAUUUUCAUUCCAAAAAAAAAAAAAAAAAAAUUGAAAUUUGUGGUUUUAAAUAGGAUGCAGUGGACAAAAAACAACUAUACAAAACUUCUAUACAAGCCAGUUUAGGUUUAAUGAAUAUCAAAUGAAAUGAUACGAACAUGCAUUUUAUAACUGAAUAUAAAAUGUUAUGUUGUUGGAGGGAAAAAUGGUGCCCUCAAAAAUCCCUGUUAUUUUGUGUCUAGGCAGAAGCUUUCAAGCCGGAAUUCCCUCAGUGCAAGUUAAUCAUGAAAGUGACUUAGGGUAUCAUUUUUUAGUUUUAAGUAUUGUUACAAACUUUUUUUAUUCCGUCCUGCAUAGUUGUAUUGAUUUAAUGAUUAUUUUAUGCUUAAGUGUAUAGAAAGACACCAGGAUGUACUUUUUUAUCUUUUUAUAUUCAAGCUAGUCAAGUUUGCUACUUUAUAUCAGAAAUUUAAUUUGAAAUGAUUAUCACAAGUUUUUAUUCUUAUAUACAUACAUUUGGAAAAUGCCACCUGUUACUAUAGUUAUCAUAUAUUUAUUUGGAAGGUUACCAAUCCACAACAUAAGGGGAUAAUAUGGAAUUUUCAUAUUGACCUUUAAUGUAGACUUAUCAUAAAAGAAUUAAAGAAAAAAGUAGUCUACUACACUUAAUCUCUCUUAAGUUACAAAUAAGAGAUCUAGAUUUUUGUGUGCACUAUGUUAUGUGUUACAUUUUUUCUGGUCAUUUGCAGUGUUUUUGCAAAAUUUCCAAGAUUUCAUUAACCCUGCCAAUAAUGCAUUUUUAACUACGUUCUUUCUUUAUAUGGUCACACACAUUUUUUUGAGGGAAACAAAUUUCCGGCUUGGUUGCUUGGUAAACAGAUAAAAAAUUUAGAAAAGUGGUUGUUCUGAGCCAUAAUUUUUUACCUGAUAUUAGAUGUUAUGAGAGAGUAAUAUAUGUGUAGUUUGUAGUUUGGUGAGGGGUGAAUGCCUUGCUGUAGUCUUAAAAAAAAAGUAAUAAUAAAAAAAUUUGUUACUUGGCAAAUGUUUAAUGUGAGAUGUAAAGAAAAUAUUAUCCACAUCUAACAUAUUUUUUAAAGUGUGAAUACAGUGCAUUGUACAUUAAUAAAUAAAAAUAUUUUGUAUAAGUUCUUUUAAUUGUAAAAGAUUGUGUGAAGGUUAUUUUCUGCUUUUAAGAAAAUAAUUGUCUAAUGCUGCUAUGUUUUUAAUGAAAUAUGAAAUUCUUGUGAUAUAGACCAUGUUAAAUUGCCAAAAAGCUUAAAUAGACAGUGUUUUUGCAUAUCUUCCCUUUUCCACAAUUUAGAAUGUAAUAUAAUUUUAUCAUAGUCACUUGGUAAUUGGAUGAAAGACGUUGAUACAUUUUUAAACCCAAAUAUUGAAUAUAAAAUUUAAUAAUAUAUAAGAAAAUACUAUAUCAAUUUGGUUUUUACAUUAAUAAUUAUGUAUGCAUUGUAAAUGUUAUUUCUUCAGGUUGUUGUCAAUUUAAUUUAUACAUUUUUUUACUACAUAAUUAGCGAGAAUGAAAACAUCUCAAAGUCUACUCUUCACUGAUACUGUUAUAUCAAGUGGUAAAUCCAAUGGCAUGCGCAAAAUGGUAGGGGGAGCAGGAGAGCUUUGCUCCCCCUCCCCUCCAACUCAAAUUUCAAAAUGGGCCCUCUAGCCCAAAAUUUUAUUUCUGUAAAUAUUAUUAAUUCCUUAUUUUUCCCCAUUUUUAAACUGAUGCUUGGAGAAUUGAUACGACAUUUAGAAAAAAAAGUUGUCCAAACCAUCACGAAAGCCUGUAAUUAGUUCAAUAUAAUAUCAUUAAAUUUAUAAUUAAAUUUUUUUAUUGUAACAUGUCAUAUGUAAAUAGAAAGUGUAACAGAAAAAAUGACACAGAGGGGUCUGGAAAUGAAGUUGACUGCCUCUCUGGGUUUAGGUUGCACAUGCGAAUGGGUAAAGCACAAAUACAAUAUCAUGGAAGAAUACAUUUUUGAGUGUAGUUUCAUGAUAUGGUUCUUUUCAUUUGAAACUGUACAAUUAGGCUUUAACAUUGGCAAUUACAAUAUAAAUGUUGACUUACAUUUGAACUUGUUUAUAACCAAAACUAACUAUAGUGUUUACAAAGGCUAAAAAUUGUCAUUGAAAAAGAGUUUUUGAAAGGUUCAUGGUAUAUUCAUGAGUAUUUAAUUUUCUUUGUAUUUCCUUGAAAUAAUUGUACACAGAAAUGUGUAAUGCUGAUAGGGAUAUUGAUCUGACAGAGCAAUAAUCUUUCCAAAAAUAUAAAAAGAUAAAUAAAUUCAUCAGAAAUGGAAAGAAAAGCAGAAAUAUCCCCAUGACAACUUUUCAUUCCUUUGAAAGAUUUCAGUGUCAUAAUUUAGUUUAUCUUGAAGAGUCGCCCUAUGGUAAUUGUACAUACACCUUGAAAUACAAAUGGAAGUGAAUGGAGUCAGUGAAAUCAAAAUGUUCAAAAGAUUUGAGGACUGUUCAUCAGAUGGUAUUUUGAACAAUAUAAACUUGUAUAUUAUGUUGGUUCUUGUAAACUAAAAUAUGUAAUAUUUCAGAGAAUUCUGCAACAUUUACUUGUCUGAUAUUCUAAGUUAAGAAGCAAAGGAAAUCUUAAAAUAAUUUUUAAUAAAUUCAUGUACAUCUGCUUCCCAUGUGGAAAGUAGAAGAAUUGUAAUCAUUGGGUCAAGUUGCAUUGCUUUAAUGAUUAUUUUUUAAUAACUGAAGAUUGCUUUUAGGAGAUUUGUAAAUAUAAACUUCUGCAGCAAGGCAAAUGCUUAGAACACUGUGUGCAGUAUUUGAGUUCUCUAUUUGAAAAGCAUGUGAGAGGUGCAAAGGGGACCAAUGCAGGGCAGUGAGUGACUUAACGAGAGUUGCUGAAUGAGACACCAAACUCAUACUGCAUGUUCAAUAAUCUCAAACUUAUUUUCUUCCCCACCUUUUUAUUAAUUUCUUUUCAGCAUUAAGUUUCUCUUCACCUCUCAUAAUGUGAAUUACUCAUGUUCACUUAGUCUCAAUGUCAUACCGUCCACAAUUACAGUGACUGUGUCAUUGUUUUUUUUUAUAAUUUUAUAGUUUUAUUCUUAUAGAUUAGUUAUGUUCAUACUAAUUUAUCUAUUUCUUAAGUUAUACCUAAUAAACUGAGCAAUACCACUUGAUGGAUAAAUGUAAAUCAGUAGCUGAUUCGUUCUUACUACCUAAAAUGUACAUAUUUUCUUAAAUAGUAAUAUGUAGCUGCUAAAAUAAGAUUCUCUAAUAGAUGAAUCUCUGUGAUCCUUCAUCCGUUGCUCAGUUCAUAUUUCAUUCUUGGCAUAACCGUUUGUUGAAAGAGUAAUGUUGUAUGUGGAUCAUAUCAUUAAACAGUGAUCCAUAUUUUAAUGAAAUACCUCUUUCACAUAUUGUAUGACUAUUAGUGAACACACGUUGAAAAUAAAAUAAAUAAAUAUUUUCUU